CUGGACGCAUCCAAUGAUUAAAAGCCAGCCUAGCCUAAUCUUUAUGUUUCGCUUUCUUUUUUCUUCUUUAAAUUUCCGUUCAACAACUCCAUAUAAAACUACAUAUAUUGCCGACACAUCCACAAACAUUGGUCUCCCACUUCUCGUGUUCCAGACCACCUUUAUUCUAAACCUUCUUUUUAUUUGAUCAAUCUCGAAAAUGAAAAAAUUCCGCAGCUUCUUCACCAGGUCCUCCAAGCCUUUGCCUGUAGAGACCAUCUUCAAACUCCCUCAUCCACUUCCCACUUGGCCUCCAGGUGAUGGUUUUGCGAGUGGGAUUAUUGAUCUAGGGGGAUUACAAGUGUGUCAAGUUACGAGUUUUAAUAAGAUUUGGUGUACAUUAGAAGGUGGCCCAGAUGAUCUUGGUGCCACAUUUUAUGAACCAUCUUCAAUCCCAGAAGGGUUUUUUAUGCUUACAAGUUAUAGUCAAUCUAACAACAAGCCACUGUUUGGAUGGGUUCUUGUAGCUAAAGAUGUCAGUAGUGAUGAAUCUGAAAGUAGUACUAAGAUUUUGGAGAAGCCAGUUGAUUAUACACUUGUAUGGACUAGUGAGACUAAAAAGAAUAAGCUAGGUGAUAAUGGGUAUAUAUGGCUUCCAAUGCCACCCGAGGGGUAUAGAUCAGUUGGCCAUGUUGUUACCACUUCAUCGGAGAAGCCAUCUGUUGAUAAAAUCCGGUGUGUGAGGGCUGAUUUUACGGAGGAGAGUGAGAUUGACUCGUGGAUUUGGGGUUUAGAGAAGGAGGUUGAUCCUGAUGGAUUGAAUUUAUAUGGUUCAAAACCGGCUCAUAGGGGUCCUCAAGCUGUAGGUGUGCCAAUAGGUUCAUUUUUAGUCCAGAAUAGUGGGGAAGCGAAGUUGUUGAAUUGUUUGAAAAAUGUUCAACCUAUUUUAUCAGCCAUGCCUAAUCUAGACCAGAUUCAUGCCCUGAUAAAAUGUUACUCUCCAUUGGUGUAUUUCCAUCCUGAUGAAGAGUACCUUCCCUCUUCACUUUGUUGGUUCUUCGAGAAUGGGGCAUUAUUGUAUACAAAGGGUGAAGAAACGACCUCAUGUCGUGUUGAGCAUCCCCAUGGCUCGAAUCUUCCUCAAGGAGGUACGAAUGAUGGAGUUCACUGGUUAUGCCAACCAGAAGAUGAAAAUUUCAAGAAAGGAAAUCUGGCUAGUGCUGAGUCAUAUGUGAAUGUCAAGCCUAUGUUAGGAGGAACCUUCACUGAUAUAGCAUUGUGGAUUUUUUACCCUUUCAAUGGACCAGCAAGGCUUAAAAUCGGGGCUCUCAACGUUUCCUUGGGUAAAAUAGGACAACACGAAGGCGACUGGGAACAUGUGACAUUGCGGAUAAGUAAUUUUACUGGUGAGCUGAGAAGUGUCUACUUAUCAACACAUGCUAAAGGAAUGUGGGUUAGUGCUUCCGAACUUGAGUAUGAAAAUGGCAAUAAGCCCGUAGUCUAUUCUUCAUUGCACGGUCAUGCCCUAUAUCCUAAGCCAGGAGUUGUUUUACAAGGGACUGGAGCAAUAGGAAUAAGAAACGACACUGGAAAAAGUUCCAAUGUAAUGGACACUGGAGAGAAAUUUGUGAUUGUUUCAGGUGAGCACUUGUCAAUCGUCGAGCCCCCAUGGCUGAACUACUGUAGAGAAUGGGGUGCAAGAAUCAGCUAUGACUUUGCAGCUGAGGUUGAAAAAGUGAAGAAAAAGUUGCCACAGAGGCUGAGGGGAUCAUUUGAGAGUGUUGUUAAGAGUUUGCCUAAUGAAAUGCUGGGUGAAGUUGGACCAACUGGACCUAAAAUGAAGGUUAGUUGGAAUGGAGAUGAGAGGGUUUGAUAACAAUGUGGUAUAGAUUUGUAUUCUGGUUUUGCACUUGUGUGAUUUAUUUAUUUUUAUGGAUUGUGCUUUCGGUUUGCAGUUCUAUAUCUGUGCUUCUAUAUUAUAUUAUUCAGGUAUGAUAUUUCUACCUGCAAUGUA